AUGCGCGCCUUCAGCCUGCUCUGUGCCACCGUCGUGAGCACCUCGUUCUCGACCGUGCUUGCGUCUCUGGGCCAAGACUUCGCCGCAUACAAUGCUGCCCAUCCGGGACUCAACGACAUAAACUCGGAUGACAAUGACUUUGUCAAGUUCAAGACGCCCGACUACUCCAACACCCUGGGCUCGCCGACCGUGGCGCAGUCCGUGUCGCCUGUGAACACCUCUGUCAGCAUUGUUCCCAAUGCCUAUCUCAUCCAGCUGGCGCCCGGUGCCAGCCUGAAGCGCCGGGGCGUCCGCGUGGGCGAUGAGCACUUCCAGUUCCACAAGCGGGCAGAGCCGUCGAUCCGGUACAACACGCGCCUGGAGUUCAAGAACCCCGACGUCUUCCUCGGCCUUUCCAUCCAGGUGCAGGACAGCAGCAACGCCAGCACGAUCCAGCAGAUUCCGGGAGUCGUCAACGUGUGGCCCGUCCGGAGCAUUCCGCGACCGGCCCCCAUCGGCAGCGGCGUCACGGGCACCAUGGUUUCCGGCAACUCUUCCUAUCACGUGACUGCACAAGCUGGUCGCGGCGCCGAUGUCAACCACCCGCACAUCAUGACGGGCGUAGACCGGCUGCACGCACUCGGCAUCAAGGGACGGGGCAUGAAGAUUGCCGUCAUGGACACGGGUGUCGACUAUCGCCACCCGGCCCUCGGCGGCUGCUUCGGUAAGGGCUGCAAGAUCUCGUUCGGCAAGGCCUUUGUCGACGACAACUACGGCGACACCGGCGUGGCCGUGGCAAGCGAUGACCCGCUGGCUACCUGCCUUGGUGGCGGCCACGGAUCACACACGUCGGGUAUCAUCGGCAUGGAGGAUCCGGCUGGCUCCACGUUCGGGCUGGUCGGCGUCGCGCCUGAGGCUACUCUCGGCAUGUACCGCAUCUUUGGCUGCUCCGGCGGCGCCUCGGACGACAUCAUGAUGCUUGCCUUCCAGCAGGCUGUCGAGGACAAGGUCGACGUCCUGAGCAUCUCCCUAGGCUCUGUUGAGCGGUGGCAGCGAGACGACCCGUUCCUCAACGUGACCGCCUCUCUCGAAGCCCAGGGCAUUGCCGUCAUUGUCGCAGCAGGCAACGAUGGUGGCCCGGCCCUGACUUCGUCUCCGGCUGUGGGCGAAAAGGUCAUCGCUGUCGGCUGCUUGGACAACGCCAAGUUUCCCACUGUCUACACUGCCCGGGACUCCAACGGCAACUCUCUCCAGUACUCCGGCAACCCUUGGCCGGUCUCGGCACCCAAGACUGGCCUCAAGGUGUACGACAUGACUAAGCUUGCGUCGAAUACGACCUCGCCCGUUGGAUGUACUGUCUCUGCUUGGGAGGCUGCCUUUGCCGGCAUCCCAAACCCGAACAACUCCAUCAUUGCUGUCCCUGCCAGCUCGGCUUGCAGCUGGGCCGCCAAGCUCAACGCUGCUGCCACGUAUGGCCUGCCGUACGCGCUCGUCUAUGCUGUAGACGACGGCGGGAUUUUCGUCAAGGACCUCAAUACCAUGGAGCCUAGCAUCCCCAACUACGGCAUCAUGCUUAGCGUGGACGACGGCAAGAAGGUUAUCGCAGGCCUCGCCAGCGGUGGCGACUACAAGCUGUAUUUCGACAGCAAGGUGUUCGAGUCGACGGAGCAGCCAUCGGCCGGGCUGAUGUCCUACUUCUCGUCCACCGGCCCGACGUCCGACACGCUGCAGAUCAAGCCGCAGCUUUCGGCACCCGGCGAAUCCAUCCUCGCCACCUGGCCGCUUGAGGGCACCGGCUACGCUAUCCUGAGCGGUACCUCCAUGGCCACGCCGUACGCGGCUGGCUCCUACGCCCUCAUCAAGUCGCAGCACCCGACCGAGUCGGUGCAGCAGAUCCGUGAGCGCCUGCAGAGCAAUGCCAAGAGCAUCGUGUACACCUUUGACAACACGACCCGCGACUCGGUCACGCAGCAGGGCGCUGGCAUGAUCGAUGUGUUCAGCGCCGCGUUCGUGCCCUGGACCGUCUCGCCGUCGGAGCUCAACCUCGGCGAUCUGGACGCCUUGGUGCCCCAGACCAUCACCGUCACAAACAAGAGCCCGUCGGCCAAGACGUACACCAUCACCCACGAGCCUGCGGGUGAGUCGAACCUGCUGCCUGAGCAGUAUCUCGUCGUACUGGACGGCACAGAGGUCGCCCUGGACGGCCAGUACAAGCAGUACGCUACUGUCGGCUUCUCCACGACGACCCUCACCCUGGCGCCGGGCAAGUCAGCCAGCUUUGUGGCCACCUUCACCCCUCCGACGGAUACGCCGGACCGCUUCCUUCCCGUGUACUCUGGCUUCAUCAAGGUUAGCAGCGGCUUCGAGUCCGUCACCGUCACCUACCUUGGCCAGCCGUACUCCCGGAAGAAGGCCGAUGUGAUCGACAACACCAACGUCACCGGCUCAGUUGUCCCCUGGAUGCUCAACUCGCAUGACUUCUUCACGCCCCUGCGCGACAUUGGCGUGUUCGACUUCAACCUCAGCGGUCUGGGCUACCCCUACCUCGAGUGGGUCACGCUGCAGAACUCCCAGCUGUUCUACAUUGACCUGCUGCCCUACAACACCAGCGUCGUGCCCGACUUCUACGGCUUUGACAACAGCACCAACCCCUACGGCGUGCCGAACUCGUCGCUGCCCAUGAUCUACCCUCCCUUGGCGCUGAACUUCACCUCGGCUGGGGUUACAUCGUACGGUCAUGUCAACCAACAGCUCUCGAACGUCCGGCCGUCCGGCUAUGUCUGGCACGUGGGUCCCGAAUUGUACGAUGACAACAUCGAUGUCAUCACCGAGAUUCUGCCGGGCGACUACCGGGCACUUCUACGUGUGCUCCGUUACGGUGCCAAAGUCAACCUAGCUUCGAGCUACCAGACCUGGCUCUCCCCCGUCAUCCGCGUCGCAAGCUCUUCGUAG